AUGCCCAGCUAUGCAAAGUUUAUGAAGGAUAUGGUGACAAAGAAGAGAUCGGUGAGUUUGGAGGAUGAUGAAAGAAUGCAACAUUGUAGUGCUAUUUCUAAAAAGUCUCUUGUGCAUAAGAAGGAAGAACCUGGAGCUUUUCAUAUUUCAUAUACUAUAGGGUUGCUACACUUUGCUAAGUCACUAUGUGAUCUUGGUGCGAGCAUAAAUCUUAUGCCUCUAUCCAUUUAUAAGAAGUUAGAAUUGGGUGACACAAAGCCUUCUACGAUGUGGUUACUGAUGGUUGAUCAAACUGUGAAGAGGGACAUUGGUAUACUCCAUGAUGUGUUUGUGAAAGGGGAAUAA